AUGCAAGUCUCGCCCGAGGCAGGCGAGUACCGGGGACGGCAAACUGUGGGACAGGAUGGUACAGCUUCAGCCCAAACGAAGAGCUAUAAGAAGAUAUGUGCGAGAUGUCGAAGACCUAUCACACAGAGUAAUAAAAAUGGAAAGACGACAUUGAAGGCAUUGGGGAAAUACUACCAUGAGGAUUGCUUUACAUGCAAUGACUGUGGGAGCCUUUUGAAGCCCAAAUACUUUCCUUACGAGGUAGAAAACGGGGAGACGAUUUUGCUUUGUCAGUAUGAUUACUUCAAACGGCACAAUCUGCUGUGUUUCGUUUGCGAUAAGCCUUUAAGAGGGCUGUACUACACCGCAUUUGGAGAGAGGUACGAUGAGGAGCAUUUUUCGUGUACCAUAUGUGCAGCACCCUGUGGUGUGAAGAAAUGCUUUAUGUACCAGAACAAACUGUAUUGCAAAUAUCACUUCCUGAAAUAUUUCUCGAAACGAUGCAGCGGUUGCAAUUAUCCUAUAUCGGACCAGUAUAUUGAGUUUCCGAAAGGUGACGAAGUGCAUUGCUGGCAUCCGGAGUGCUAUGGGAUUCAUAAAUAUUGGCAUGUCAAUCUGUCUGCGGAUACCUUAGGUUUACCUAGCUUCCCAAAGCUUAAAUACCAGGAAGGGGCCUCCUUAUCAAAUCCAACGCCCAAAGAGCUUGACAAGCAAAUGCAUGCUUUUAGUUCGAUUUUAUCAAGGACUUGGUCAGUGCUAUACAGAUUUGAGGAAGAGACGGCUUGCUGUAUAUCUGACAUGUUCCAGUACUUGGCGAGUUUCGAUCAAAUAAAGGGAAUCAACUCAACAGCUCUCUUUGUGCUUAAAAUCGAGUGCUUAUUCAAAGCUAUUGGAACAUUUGACAUUCGCGACAAAGAUCGAUCGCCACCGAAUGACCCUCAGAAUUCUGCUUCGCAAAUUCAAGAUAUCAAUAAUAGUUCGGAGAGUGUCAGCCUCAAGUAUAGCAAAUUCCCAAGAAAUUUAUCCACGAAAAUCAUGAUAUAUUUACAGCUUCUACGGAAAUUGAAUGCUGAAGAUUCAAAAGUCAACGUUUCUUCCUUCAUGCCGGUCAUUACCGGACUUACUCAUUUUUUGAAACUCCUAACGAGAUACGGAUUGUAUAAUGCAUUGGAAAAGAAUAAAGCCGGACGCUCGAUGACACCCUUAAUGAAAUUUUUGCGAGAGGUUGAGAGAAAUGAAAUCUACGAGAAAGAUCCCUUCAAUUACAUUGAUCUACCGAUUAAUGCUACGGACAACUGUACAGCAUGUGGGAAAUAUAUUCAAGAAGAUUGCAUACAAUUUCAUGAGAAUAGAUGGCAUAUAAGUUGCUUCACUUGUUCUCAAUGUCAAAAAAGCAUCGAGCCGCGAGAUAUCGCUGACGCAACCUAUAACAAGACUCUCAAGCAUGCUAUUUGCCCUCGAUGUUCAGUCGGAGAUCCUGCCUCCGUACCUGGAUUUAAAUAUGUCACAAAGCUUGCCCAAUUAAUCUUCCUCCUAAAGAUUGCUUUAAUCAGAUCCAAAGCUGUAAUGGAAACUCAGAUGAGAACAAGGCUUAAUAAAUCGUCUGAGAAGAUGGAUAGCACAUCUGUCUCUAUGCAGCAGACGUACAUUAGGACAUUGAACGAUAUCAAAAGGCUCAAAUCCAGGAGAGAAUGUGUCCGAGUCACCCAUGAUAAACAACAAGCGCGAAAAUCAGUUGUUCUCGAGACAGGGGAGCACGACGUGAAUAAAGUACAGCCGUGUCAAAAUGGAAACCUUGUCAUUCACACAGAUCCACCAGUAUCUUCUGAAAACGCCGGUCAUGAUAAUGUUUUUACAGACACGAAAACUUUGACUCUUGAUGAUAUCUCACGCAUUGUGGCUGCUGAGCACGCCAGGGAAUUAAGACCUAACGCAUUCACACAUUUCAAAAGAAUAAGAGAAACUGAUAGCGAUACCAUCAGUGUAGUUGCGAAAAAGAGUGGAAUAUACUAUUCGGAGUUGACCAAGAGCGACAUGAUCUUACUUCAAAUGAUCAGUCUCUCUUUGUUGACGUUAGAUCAGCGAAUAAUAGCGAAAGAUGUUGACGUGAGUAAAUUGAUUCCGCCUCCUCUAAAGACUGAAAAAUCACCACCAUCAAAUGGUUUCUGGUACAGAAUGAAAUACAUGAUGAAUAAGGAGCCUAAGAAGGUUACCCCUGUGAAAGUAUUUGGCACACCGCUAGACUCUCUCACGUCAAAGUGGGGAGUGGAUUCUGAACUGGGAAUAGGACCUGUCAAAAUAAAAAUUCCUAUCAUAGUAGAUGAACUGAUUUCUACUCUCCGGCAGAUGGAUAUGUCCGUCGAGGGUAUUUUUCGCAAGAACGGUAACAUUAAAAGACUAAAAAAGCUAACCAAUGAAAUUGAUAGUAAUCCAGGAGUUAUGCCUGAUUUGUCAAAAGAGAACGCUAUUCAACUUUCAGCAUUGCUUAAGAAAUACGUCAGAGAACUUCCUGACCCACUUUUGACUUCCGAAUUGUAUAACAUCUGGAUCAAUGCAGCCAAGUUGGAGGGAGAAAGUGAAAAGCAAAGAGUAAUUUCUUUAGUGUACUGUAUGCUACCGAUGCAUAACAGAAACGUGCUGGAAGUGCUUUUGUCAUUUUUAUGCUGGACAGCCUCUUUUUCGCAUAUUGAGAACGAGAUGGGCUCCAAGAUGGAUAUUCAUAAUCUGUCGACGGUAAUAACGCCCAACGUUCUUUAUUUGCCAGAUAGUACUGUACCGAAAGUCACUAUUAGUGAAGUAUCUGACACGUAUGACGAUGCUUUUGCACAUAAUGAGGGUGAAAAUUAUUUUUUGGCAAUUGAAAUGAUCGACUAUUUAAUAACACACAAUGAGGAUAUGGGAAUGGUUCCAAAGUUCCUGAUGGCAUUACUCAAGGAAAUCAAGGACGAUAAUAUUUGCAACUACGACCUUGUUAAAGACUUCAUUACCAAGAAGUACAACAGCCGUAAUAUUGACUUUUCCGAAUUUGAAGUCCAAAGAAACAUAGAAAUGAAGCAUUCGACUUCAUUAGUAACGCAAGGUGAAGUUCUCAAAUAG